CAGUCAGUGCGCGGUUUACGAGGAGAGCGUCGCGUCAGAGCUUCACUUUUCCGCGCCGACGGCGAUUUAAAUUUUAAACCCCCUCGCAAAAAGAUUCGCUGACGCGCGCGUGACGUCAGAUGUAACGGGCGACGCUUCCCGUUCGCUGUCAGUGUGCGUGUGUUUGAUUGUUUGUCCUUAAUCGUUAAACUCGGAGGGAAGUGUAGGUUGGCAUGGGGGCCAAACAGAGCAGUCCCGCUGCCGACGGGCGCACGCGAGCGUACUCGGGCUCGGAUCUCCCGUCGAGUAACGGCGGCGGCGGCGGCAGGACGGCGGCUGUGGCGAUGCGGUAUCACGCACACGGCGCCUCAGGUGCUACAUCUUCAUCGUCGUCAGCGGCGGCCGCCGCGCACUUUACCGGCUCCAGGCGACCACAGUCGAGCAUUACUAUACCGAACUCGGUAGCGUACAGUUCUCAGGAGUCCGGUUACAGCACACCGGAGGAGAACGGCGGGGAGAGAGAGCGGUCCGCCGGCGCUCCGAGACUGUUGAUCGGAUCGUUGCCGGCUCACCUGUCGCCUCAUCUCUUCGGAGGUUUCAAGUGCCCCGUCUGCUCCAAGUUUAUCUCUUCAGAUGAGAUGGACCUUCAUCUGGUCAUGUGCUUGACAAAACCUCGAGUGACGUACAACGAGGAUGUCCUGGCGAAGGACGCAGGAGAAUGUGCAAUAUGUCUGGAGGAGUUGGUGCAGGGAGACACCAUCGCACGCCUGCCCUGCCUCUGCAUCUAUCAUAAAGGCUGUAUUGACGAGUGGUUUGAAGUGAACCGAUCGUGUCCUGAACAUCCUUCAGAUUAACAGCGCCUCUCUCACCUUUGCACAGCCUCCUGGUCGUGAGAAGCGACGCUAUGUGAAUUCUCUUCCUCCUCAUAGACACUGUGAUUUUGGUCUCGGGACGGCCUGAUCGCCGAACGCCCCUCUCUUCUCCCUCCCUAGUCGCCAUAUAAACCCUAGCGUGCCAAAACUCAUUCAGGGAAACUCUUUCCACAUCACAGAGCUUCUACUCCAGCGCACCAUUGUCCAAUCAGGAUCUAGCAGAAGUUGAUUUCAUUGGCUGUUUGUUGACGUCUCUGAUUGGCCGGACUCAGGGUCAGCUGACUGUGUGGAUGAUUAUCGGACGAUCGGGGUCGAUUGUUCUCUGUUAAAUGGGACUGUGUCUCUCAGUGCCUUAAUUUUCAGAUCCCAAGAGCCGAAGCGACGGCUGCGUUUGGGAUGUUCUUCAGAGGAAGGGCUCGAAGGACUCGGAGAAAGACGCCUGGAUGUGACGGGACGUGAGCCCUGAUUCAGGUCGGCCCUGAGCCAUACUGAGCCAUUAUUUCUCUCUCUCUCUCGCUUCCCGGAUGGUGAAAUGUCCCGUGCAUCUCGAGUCUCGGAUCAAGAUUCACUGUCUCAAGAUCAUUUUUGCAAGUGCAUCACGUUUUGUUUGGGUUGAGACAAAUCUGGGCCUUAAUUCAACACACCACUGACUUCUGUCUGUGUAUGUAGAAUGAAUCUCAUCAAAACGUCAAAAUCAGAAGAAAAAAAAUACGAAAUUAU